AACUUUGUCCUAGGGUUAAACCCUAAACCCGUUCCAAGGUUAGGGUUAAACCCUAAACCCUUUCCAUGGUUAGGGCUAAACCCUGCCGAGGGUUAGGUUUAAACCCUAAACCCUAUCAUGCCAUUGGGCUAAACCCUAAACCAUGCCCUAGGGCUAAACCCUAAACCCUGCCCUAGGGCUAGGGUUAAACUCCAAACCCUGUCCUAGGGUUAAACCCUAAACCCUUUCCAAGGUUAGGGUUAAACCCUAAACCCUUUCCAUGGUUAGGGCUAAACCGUAAACCCUGUCCUAGGGCUAAACCCUAAACCAUGUCCUAGGGUUAAACCCUAAACCCUGUCGAGGGUUAAACCCUAAACCCUGUCCUAGGGCUAAACCCUGCCCUAGAGUUAAACUCUAAACACUGCCUAGGGAUAAGCCCUAAACCAUGUAUGAGGGCUAAACCCUAAACCCUGCAUAUGGCUAAACCCUAAACCUUGCCCUAGGGCUAAACCCUAAACCCUGCCCUAAGGCUAAAUCAUAAACCCUACCGAGGGUCAGGGUUAAACCUUAAACCCUGCCCUGCCCUAGGGCAAAACCCUAAACUAUGCCCUAGGGCAGCCUAGGACUAAACCCUAAACCCUGCCCUAGGGCUAGGGUUAAACCCCAAACUCUGUUCUAGGGUUAAACCUUAAACCCUCUCGAGGGUUAGGGUUAAACCCUAAACUCUAAACCCUAAACCCUGCCCUAGGGCUAAACCUUAAACCCUGCCCUAGGGCUAGGGUUAAACCCUAAAUCCUGUCCUAGGGUUAAACCCUAAACCCUGUUGUCGGUUAGGGUUAAACCCUAAACCCUGCCCUAGGGCUAAACUAAACUCUGCAUAGGGUUAAACCCUAAACCCUCUCUUGGGCUAAACCCUAAACCCUCUCUGAGGGUUAAACCCUAAAUCCUCUCCUAGGGUUAAACCCUAAACUCUGCCUAAGAUUAAACCUUUAAACUCUACCUACUUAAAACAAAUAAUUAUUAAAAUUAAAACAAUGUAGAUGAAGCAAUGAUCAAGUUCAGCUAAUAUUUGUUUGGAUUCAACCAAAACAUUCUUAGAAAGAUUUUUUAUUAUAUCUGCCAAAAUUUGUGUAUCAAUAGGUCAAGUAGAUGAUGUUAUAUAUGGUUUACGAUAAGAAAUUUUUUUUAGAAAGAUUUUUUUAUCUAUUACCUUAGAAGGUGAAUUUAUUUUGAAAAAUAUAUUAUGCAAAUCAAUAAUAAUCAAUAACGAUCUAUACAAACUAGUACAAAAUAUUUGACUGAAAUUUUAUAAAAUAUCUGUUAAAUCUAUUGUAAAAAACUGUCAGCUUUACUAAACAGGAACGUCUCUGUGUAGACACGUGACAAAAGGCAAAAAGACAAAAUGAAUAGAUUUCGUGCGUCAGAGUUGCGUCACUGUUUCUUCAAUUUAUCGUUGGCUUGAAGUUAAGGGAAACAUAAUUGUUCCUCCAAACAGAGUAAACAAUGAUUGGUAGAUAAAGAAAUUGUGGUAGAUACACUUUCUUUACAAAAUUCAAAGCUCGAAGAAAAGUUUUCUUUUUUAAUGGUGGUGGUGGCUCUGCUCUUAACUAUGGUUUCCGUAGAGGGUUUAUGAUCUUAAGUGGAAGUUUCCUGAAUAACACCGACAGAUUUUGGAAUCUGACUUUCUGGGUAUUUGAGACUUCCUAGAAGAGAAGAUGGGUUUAAGGUUUUUAUGAUCGGUUUUGUGGGAAUUAUUAUCCAGAUAGAAAGAGUCUAGGUUUUGGUUUGUUGAGUUAUAUAGCUUUGUGGUCAAUGAAGAAGAUGAUUGGGAGUCCAGGAACAAUGAGUGGGCUGAUAUUGAGGUUAGGGCAGUGUGCGACUGCUGCUGCUUCCAUCGGUGUUAUGGUCUCUGCUCCUGGCUUCUCUAGCUACACUGCUUUCUGGUCGUAUCUGUGCUUGGUUUGCUCAUUUGAAGAUACAGCCGACAAAACUGGGUAUGUGUUUUGUCUGAUAUUUUUUUUGGCUUAUGGGGUUUCAGCUUCUUAGUUGCAUCUAUGGGUCUUCAAAUGAUUUGGAGCUUUGGACUUGCGUGUCUUGACGUAUAUGCCAUAAGGCGAAGAAGCGACUUACAAAGCCCCAUCCUACUAAGCCUCUUCGCAGUUGGUGAUUGGGUACUAACUUCUGGUGGUCACGGCACUUCUCUCCCUUGCGGCUGCGUGUUCAUCUGGAGGAGUUACGGUUUUAUUCACAAAAGACACAUUAUUUUGCAAGCAGGCCUCCCUCUCUUGCAAUUGGUUUCAGAUUUCUGUCGGUUUAGCUUACUUCAAUUGGGGUUUAGCUGCUAUAUCGUCUCAUGCAAUGUUUUGGAUCUUGAUAUGACAAACACACCCACCUCCUUCACUUUUACAAAUAUCCAUUUAUAUGAAUCGUUUUUCUUUUGUCUAACUCAUAACCGGAAACGAGGGCAAGUGUUCAAAGUCAUUUUUGGUGAAUUCAUAACACAACUGAGUCUCAGUAGUGUAUGAUUUUUAUCAUUGGAGUUUUGUACACACUAUCCAACCGUUCAAUUCAAAUAUUCUAACUUGUAUACUUAUUUCAUGUCUUCAAGUCAACAUAAGCUUUUCUUUUAAUCUUACUUGUGGCGAAAAAUAGUUAUAGUGUUUGUACAAAUCUUUCAAUCUCAGGAAACAGUAAUCGAGCUACAAAUAGAGCUUAUAUGAUAAGUACAGAGUUACUUUAUGGAAAGAAAAAAAUACAGUGAAAAUGGUGACAAGAGAUGUAGCAAGCAAAACUCCGGUUUCUAUUAGUCUUGUUAACAAUCACCAUCCUGGGGAGUUAUUUGGGCUGGAUGCUACAACGUGUGAAAGCAUUUUAGUGCUAAGAAAUCAAUUAUUGGAAAUUCAACAUGCAUCAAAAAUAAAUUUAUAAAAGCUAGCUUCACUUUACAAUGCAUACAGUAUAAUUAAUUAGAUUUGUAUAAAGCUGAUUAUAAAAAAUAAAAUAAUAAGCUCUUUUUUUUUGUGCACCAGAAUAAAACAAUAAGUAGAAUAAUUUUUUUUCCAAAAAAAAACAGAAUAAAACGGCUGAAGUUUAAAAAAAACAGAAUAAAAUAAUAAGCUCUUCUUUUUGUGCACCAGAAUAAAACAAUAAGCAGAAUAAUUUUUUUUCCCAAAAAUUGAUUUCAUCCUCCCUGCACACAGAGAACAAAUCCUGAAGUUAAAACCUAGCACGAGGAGAAUCCCAGAUGAGUUGGUGUGGUUGAAAAAUAGUAAUGGAGAAUACUCUACAAGAUCAGGGUACCUGACAGUGAUGGAGGAGAAGAACAGAGCCCUCCCAGCUAACUCAAUUGCCGACAGUGAUUGGCUCUCAAAUGUCUGGAACAUUAAAACGGCUGAGAAGAUCAAAGUAUUCCUUUGGAAAUCCCUACACGACGCUCUACCGGUAGGAGAACAAUUUGGCAUCAGAAACAUUCAUGUCUCGACUCUAUGCGCACGAUGUAAUGCAGAAGAGACAGUAUCGCACCUGCUCUUUACUUGCCCCUUUGCGGUAUCAGUCUGGAAACUAGCACCAUUCCCACAGGUAAUCAACUCAGCGGUAUUCAACUCUACCCUGGAAGGAUGGGAACACGUCAAAAAGAUCCACACUCUCCCUCCGAUAGGUCUGGGUCUGGGGACCCUAGCGGCUUGGAUCGUUUGGUCACUAUGGAUCGCAAGGAACCAGCUACUCUUUGAAAAACGAAAAUUCACGCCGGAGGAAACAAUCAGCAAAGCGAUCUCAGGUGCCAGAGAAUGGAUACUGUCACAACCUCCUAAAUCACCAGCUAUCAUGAACCCCUUGAUCAGACCGGAACCAACUCCUAAUUACUCAGCUCGCUGCUCGAUCUACACUGAUGCAGCGUGGAACUCGACAACAGGCUGUGCAGGACUUGGUUGGAUCAUUGAUGAUCGGAAUUCAUCGUCUCAACAUACAGCGACCUCGACGUUCGUCUCGUCGCCCCUCAUGGCAGAAACUUUGGCUGUCUCCACGGCCAUGACCUUUGCUCUACUUCACGGAAUUGAUUUCAUCUCGCUCUUCUCAGAUUCACAAAUAUUGAUUAAAACUCUGAACCGACAGGAGAAGAACCUUUGUGAUAUCUACCACCUAUUUCUCUCAUUUAAGUCAGUUAAAUUUGUCUUUAUCCCUAGAGCAGCUAAUGUUAGAGCUGACUCUAUUGCCAAACAGGCCUUAUGGGUCUUAAACCAAAGUUAAAUCAUGAAUGAAUUCAGUUUGCACAAAAAAAAAAAAAAAAAGCUUAAUUCUUACAAUGUGUUUGUUCUUAUUCUCAUCACCUAACACGAUCCAAAAACAAUUAUUAGUCGUGGCUUUUCAAGUGAAAGAGCCAAUUAUAUCUGCUUUUUUUUUUUGCUAAAAAGCCUAAAAUCCAAUUAUAUCAUCUGCUCUGAAGCCAAAGAUGGAUAAACAUAUAAUUUCCACUGUACCAAACUCUUUCUAAAACGCUUUCAAAUUUAUUGAUUAGGCCUUAGAGCAUGUGAGUUUCUCAAUAAAUCGCUUAUCAAUUUAAAAAGAAACAAAACAGAGGGUGUGAUAUUUGUGAGAAAUUUUCUAAAUAUUUGAUAAUAUUUGAAUGGUUGAUAAUUUUAAGAGUUAAUUAGUCACUGAGCUAAAUAGAAUAAAAAUGGCGUAUAUGGAGCACAAAUACACUAAAAUAUAUUGUUAAAAACUUUAUAAAUCUUUUAUCAAUACUGAUAUUCUUAAAUUUGAACUGCUUUUCAGACUGCGUCCAAGUCUUCGUGGAUUUGCAAAUAAAGUAGUAUGUCGUUAUCCAAUGUUGGAUUUGUUUUUUGGUUUUAGCCAUGUUGGAGUUGAAAAAUAGAAUACGAGACCGGUUAAAUAAUUGAUCCAAAUUGUACCUAUAAAAAAAUUGGGGAGUUUGACCUGAAUAGGGAAAUUUUAAAUGCAUUUUUAUAUUUUUGUGGAGCUGAAUAAUUUAUCCCCUCUUUAAAAAUGAACUACUCAUUAAAACUACAAUAUUUUCCUUUGGGGAGAAAUAAUAUUAAAAUUCUUAACAUUUACACCAAAAAAAAAAUAAUAAUAAUAUUAAAAUUAGUUUUUUUUGGUUAGGAAUGACAAAGAGUAUCAUGGUUUUGAGGAUUAAUCGUUAGUUAUGUAAAUAAACAAAUUAGUGAUAAAGCUUAAGAUUGCUUGCGAACUUCAAAGCCUCAAAAGGUUUGCUUCAUGGAAAUUGAGACUUUCCUUUCACAUCUUUUCUUUCGUUCUCGUAAAUAUAUAUUUGUUUGUCUAUUCUCCUCAACGAUACAUAUCCUCUAAGGCUCUAUUACCGUCACGAGUAACUAUGCGUGGCAGCAUACCCAUCGCGUCACGUCAUUAUCCCUACCCAUUUCUUUCUUAUAUAUUAUACCAAUCCUCCAUCAAAGCUUAGAAAUCUCACAAGACAAAAAGAAAAAGAUUUUGAUUUUUUACAGUGAAACAAAUGGAAGGUUUGAUUCCGUUCUUGUACAAAGCCUUUGUUAUGUAUAAAAGAGAAAGACGUUUCUCGUCAGUUUUGUUCAGCGAUCAUCACUCUUCUCGUACCGCCGGUUAUUACACGCGACUUCUCGAGGAUUUCUCCGCUAGUUCUAGACCGUCAGAUCUCAGGCGAUUGGGACCAGACCGUCUUGGAAUGUUGGAAACGAAGUCGUCUCCCACUUGCUAGGGACAACACCAAGUUUCUUUCUGCAUGAAUGAUUAUAUAUUAUAUUUGCGCAUACAUAUUGGUUUGCAUGGCAUUGUGUUAAUUGUAUACUGCCUGUUAUUAUAUUUGUAAGUAAAAUUAUAUUUUGUUAAAACCAUCAAAACUAUGGUAAACUAUACGAAUUCCUAAAGUGAAUGUAUACUGGAUGAAUUUAUGUACAAAUUAAUUCCUCUGGAUAUGUGUAAAAUCAAAACAAGGACCAUAACAUAACUAGGAUGUAUAUAGUUUCUCUUCAAAAUAUUUGAUUUUCUUUUGUCAA